AUGGCAUUCUCGCGCAUCGACUCGCACCUGAUCAACAUACUGGUGCAAAAUGGCCUCCCGUCCUAUCAAAAGAUAACCCGAGGCUGCACGAGGCAAUGCCCGCAUGGAAGCGGUCUGAACCAUGUCACGGUUGUGUGUCUGGAGAGGGAGCACAUUGGAGAGCUGUUUGAUUUCGCGAGUUGCAUGAUGCAUGAGAGUAUGGGCUGUACCAUGGUACGGUGCCCGGAUUGGUGGCAGCCCUCGCUGGAGAUGCAGAGGGUCAUCCUGGACCAAGUCCACGAGUCAUACUUUGGGCUUCAGGGGCCUUUUAGGAUGGGUGGGUGGGUCUACGUGGGGGCGUUCGAGGAUUUCCACCGGAGUGAUGGGGGGGAGAAUCCCCAGUUUGUUGCGGGUGUACCACCCGGAGGAGGAGGCUCCCAGAGUGGCGGUAGUGGAGACAGUAGUCAUCGUCUUGGUACAUCCCUUACACCUCAUGUCACCUCUGUUUCUAAUGGAACUUACCAGGACAUUGAUGACCGGGUGUCCGUUCCCCUCCUGUGCAAGGUGGAUGAGACAGGACAUGAGAUGGAGAUUCCUGGUCCCGCCAAGCAGCCUCUGCUGCUGCAGAUGUUCCCGGGGCUGAGCCCAUGGAAGCCGUUGCCCCACACGGGCCUCGGGGCUGCAGGAUUUGACCUCUACGACGUCAGAGGGCAGACGUUCAUCCCGACCGCCACACUCCCAAACGAACGCCUCACCCUACACCUCCCCCUCCGCCACAUCCCCACCUUCAAGCUGACCAACGUCAGUGUUACCUUCCGCGCGAGCGACCGCGCCACGGGUGCCGUUGCUUCGGCCCCUACGUGCCCCAUGAAGCACAGCUUCACGCAGCAGCCCUACAUCUGGGCGGCAGAUUCUGCGCAAGUGCGUGGCAGCUGA